GAUUACUGAUACUGAUACUAUCAAAACCAAAUUAUUUUGAUGCUAUGACUCAAUCUUGGAAGUAACAAAAAUAUUAGUUUUUGAUCAGAAUGCGAUUGGAUUGUAAUUUGGUACAAUCAAAUAGCAUCAUCAUUUUUGAACGUGUGGGCUUUGCUUGAUUUCUAUGACAGGAAAAAUAAAUGAGUUUUUGAUAUCUGUUAAGAGUUUCCAGACGGAUGAAAAAACCUACAAAUCAGAAAAAGUAAUAUCAAAGUGGCAUCUAGGUUAUCUAAUUUUCUUUUCAAUACCAAAGGUAAAGUAGACAUGAUGGAGAAUUCUGGACUUUAUAAGCUCGAGUGUCCGGAGUGUAAUAGUGUUUAUGUGGGACAAUGUGGCCGAAAUUUCUCAAAAAGGUUUCUGUAUAUAGAACUUUAGUGACUUGUGUGAUGUUGAAGUAAUUCAUAUUAUUCUUAAGAAAUGUAAUCAAAUUGGAAAUAACGAACUGACCGAAGUGAAACUUUUUCGAAUAUUGAGGUUUUGUUUGCCCAAGAUGCCAGCCCUGUAUACGCAAAUUAUUCUACAAGAAUUAACGUAUUCAUAUUUAUCAUAUACAUUUUAAGUAAGCAACUUUUUGCUUAAACAAUACUGAUUAAAGAACACGUAAAGGUUGGAUCAUUGAACAUUGAAAGCUGAUUUUCAACGAACAGUAAACAAUGAAUUUGAUAAGUGUAGUUCGGUUUUUUAUUCAGAUGACCCUCGUUGCGGUGAUCCAUGGUAUUGCCUUCCUUGCCAAAAAUAAAUACAAUUCGACAUUACAAGUGUCAACAAAAAAUGGGGUAGUUCAAGGAAAGCAAGUAUACUCGGAUCAUGGAUCAUCCUACAUUGGGUAUUACGGUAUACCGUAUGCUGCUCCUCCAGUGAAAUCCUUGAGAUUCAAAGCCCCACAACCAGUACAACGAUGGACAGGGGUCUUAGACGUAACAAAAAUGCAAUCUGGAUGUGUAGAGACGCAACUCAGAUUCAUUGGCGAUCUUUUCCAAACACAUGGUACUGAAGACUGUUUAUAUAUCAAUGUUUACACACCUAUCAGGAAGGAUUCUGGGCCGAUCAUAGCCUUGGAUGAGCCAGGUACCCAAGCUGGAGUGACCCUAUUUUGGGUAUUUAGGUCCUUGAGUGCGCUCAGACAGCUUUCCACUAGUUUUCUCAGUACGGAAGACGAAGCCUCUUACGGCAACUAUGGUCUGAAGGAUCAAUUCGCAGCUCUUGAAUGGGUUAAUUUGAAUAUCGAAAAUUUUGGAGGCGAUAGCAAAAAAGUAACAAUGGCCGGACAUAGUUCCGGGAGUGCGAGCGCUCUAUACCAAAUGAUUUACCCAAAAAGUUGGGGACUGUACUGUGGUGUUAUAGGAUUGAGCGGAGAGAUGAGCGGUGAGCUUAGUACUCAGAAAUAUCCCAGAAGAACAGCAUUCGAUAUCGGAUCGUAUCUUGGAAUCAGAACUAACAAUUCAACCGAACUGAUUGAGAGAUUACGAGAAGUUGAACUGGAUAAUCUGAAAAAAGCUCAAAAUAGAGCGUUUCUUGCGGCUCUUCCUAAUAUUCUUGAAGAUGGAUUACCUUUCACUCCUAUCAUAGAAAAAAACCAUGAGCAUGCUUUCCUAACAAAAAACAAGAUGGAUAUUCUGAAAAGCGGGUCUUUUGCAAAGGUACCACUGUUAACUGGUAUGACUUCAAAUGAAAUUGCUUUUCUUGGAGAGGCAAUACCCUUCCUGCGAUUUCUUUUUCUGCUGUACGAAUGGAGUCCCUCGAUAUUUCCCAAUCAACUGAAUGUAACAACUGAGUCAGGAAAACGAAUAUUUGCACACGAAGUGAGAAAGAAAUAUUUCAAAUACAAUAGCUUUGUUAAAGCUACCAGCGAUGAGGUUGCACAGGAGCGGCACAUAUUGAAGAUUUGGCUUAUAUCUGGAAGUCCCAUUAUUUGGAAUUAACAGCACAGGACGAUGAAAUGAGGAAAAGAAUGACCAAAAUUUGGUCCAAUUUUGCGAGAUAUGGGAAUCCAACACCCACAGUUGAUCCACUACUGCAGAAUAUCACCUGGCCUCAAUUGCCGAAAACGGAAGACAUUCCCUACUUGAGAAUUGACGUUAACCUCAGCAUUAGGAAAAAUUAUCGAUCAGAAUUUGUUAACUUUUUGAAUGAGUUAGCCAGAAAUUAGAAGUGAAUGUUAAUAUUAAGAAAUAUAUGGUAUUCAACAAUUUUGUUAAUUGUCAUCAUAUAAUCAGCAUACAAGAGUAUAACUCGAUGGAAAAUUCAGAUCCAAGUAAUAGUGUCUGAUUCAUUCUUGAGAGCGAUGUAGAAAUAAUUAGGUGUUACAAAAUAUGGAACAAAUUUUCCGAGAAAUUUGUAUUAUCAAUUGUGGAUGAUUUGUUACUUCACGCUUUUCACAAUAAAUCAGACCAAGAAUCAGGAGUC